AUGGGUGUUGAGAAUCAGAGCUCCGAACCCGAGAGUAGCUCCAAUUCCUUCUCCUCGCCCCCACCAUCGCCGUCCUCACCCGGGUUGAGCCACCCGAAACAGCCCGACGCGGAAGGCAAGAGCGGCAAGAGGAUUCGAGAUAGCAACAAGCACCCCGUUUAUCGCGGGGUCAGAAUGAGGAACUGGGGAAAAUGGGUGUCCGAAAUCCGUGAGCCCCGCAAGAAGUCGAGAAUUUGGCUCGGCACGUUCCCCACCCCCGAAAUGGCGGCUCGCGCCCACGAUGUGGCUGCCCUGAGCAUCAAGGGAAAGUCGGCUGUCCUCAAUUUCCCGGAGCUCGCGGGGUCGCUGCCCCGACCGGCCUCCCUGUUUCCCCGGGAUGUCCAGGCCGCUGCGGCUAAGGCGGCUGCGAUGGAUAAGUUCGACCCGCCGCCUCCGCCGUCGCCGACCUCAGAGGCGUCGACGCUCUCGCUCUCUCUCUCGGCCUCGUCUUCGCUGUCGUCGUUGGUUCGGCUAUGGAGCUCUCCAAUACGACGUCCUCUCGAGGAGCUAAGCGAGAUCGUGGAGCUGCCGAGUUUGGGGGCGAGUUACUGCGACUCUGCCGAGUGGAGCACUGAGUUCGUGUACGUUGACUCUGGGUGGACGGGUGGGUCUACCCGCCGCCGUGGCUGGGCGGCGCCGUCGGUGACGAUUGUGGAAGUUUCUCCGAUCAGGUGGAAAGUGUAA